GCGACCGACGUCACGCAUUGAAUAGCCUCCCUACGUCGUCGCUGAGUCCAGUUCAGUCUAGCGACAGUCAGAGUAACCAGAGGAGCAGAGCUGCGACUACAACUCUAUCAACUGAGUUACAACACCUCAGAGGACGGUCAAUCUACACACACCAGCACCAGUCCUGAGUGAAGAUCCAAAGGCUUGAGGUUUUGGUCUCAUCCGGAUUUAGUCAUCUUCAUCCAUUAAGUCUUCUGUCUGUGGAGGCCGGUCCAGCGUUCCAAGCUGGACGGAGGAGAGACGAGUGGGGCCGAGGGCCCGGCCUUCGUGCUGCGACACAGAACUUCAAACCUCAUUGAACACACGACAGAUAAUGCGCCUACAGAUCCCAUGAGUCCCCGGGAGAAAGCGGACACGCCCACCUCAGGUUCUCCAACCAGUCACCUCAGCACCGCAGAGUGCCCCUCGCACAAUGGGAGGGUCCCAGAGAAGGACGAGGAGAGAAGAAAAAACGAAGAGGAUGACAGAGGAAAAGAAGGAGAGGAGAAGGAGGAAGAGGAAGAGAGGAGCAGCGACGAAGGUUUCAUGGGGAUGACUCCGCUGCUGCAGGCUCACCAUGCCAUGGAGAGGAUGGAGGAGUUUGUACACAAGGUGUGGGAGGGUCGGUGGCGUGUCAUACCUCACGAUGUGCUGCCCGAUUGGCUGAAGGACAACGACUUUCUGCUGCACGGCCACAGGCCGCCCAUGCCUUCGUUCCGCGCCUGCUUCAAGAGCAUCUUCAGAAUCCACACGGAGACGGGAAACAUCUGGACACAUCUUCUAGGCUGUUUGUUUUUCCUCUGUCUGGGUCUGAUGUACAUGUUCAGGCCCAACAUGUCGUUCGUGGCUCCGGUCCAGGAGAAGGUGGUGAUCGGGAUGUUUUUCCUGGGAGCCAUCCUCUGCCUCUCCUUCUCCUGGCUCUUCCACACAGUCUACUGCCACUCUGAGGGUGUCUCCAGAGUCUUCUCCAAGUUGGACUACAGUGGGAUCGCCUUCCUGAUCAUGGGCUCCUUCGUCCCCUGGUUGUACUACUCCUUCUACUGCUCCCCUCAGCCCUGCUUCAUCUACCUUAUAGUGGUGUGCAUACUGGGAUUGUCCGCCAUCACCGUCUCCCAGUGUGACUUCUUCGCCACGCCGCAGUACAGAGGAGUCAGAGCAGGAGUGUUUGUUGGUCUGGGUCUGAGUGGCGUGGUUCCCACCCUGCACUUUACCAUCAGCGAGGGUCUGAUCAAAGCGACCACCAUGGGCCAGAUGGGCUGGCUGCUGCUCAUGGCGACGCUCUACAUCACUGGAGCCUGCCUGUACGCCGCUCGCAUCCCCGAGAGGUUCUUCCCCGGCAAGUGUGACAUCUGGUUCCACUCCCACCAGCUGUUCCACAUCUUGGUGGUCGCGGGGGCUUUCGUUCAUUUCCACGGUGUCUCCAACCUGCAGGAGUUUCGCCACAAGGCGGGAGGGGGCUGCACUGAGGACGGCACUCUCUAACGCACACAGUGACUCAGUCAUUCACUCAAACACUUUUUAUGGGGAGGCAAUGGUUCUAAUAAUAUGCACAGAAUUACACACACAUAAAACCUAAGACGCGCUCUCGACCUAAACUGAGGACCGACGUGGCUUGUCUGGUGUGUGUCUCUGCGCGUAAUACACAGGACGGCCUCCCAAGGUGCGCCAUUAAUACUGACUGACGAGGGUUUUUGUUCUUUCUGUCCCUCUGUCUGUCUGUCUGUCUGUCCAUCCGCACCUCCUCUGGCCCUGUUGCUUCGAUUAUAAAACCACUCCAAGACGGUGUGUUUUUAUAAACCAGUUUUUGAGACUCUGCUCUUUCCAGGAAGCGUCUCCGUUUGUUUGGGAGGGAGGCGAGGUAUUCAAAACCUCCCUUCAAUAAUGCUACAUUUUCUUCGGUGUUGAGUUCUGACAUUUAAGAGUUUGAUGGUUUGAUUUGAAUCGGAAGCAUAAUUGUGGCUUUAAAAAAAGACAUUUUGGGGUGUUUUUUGCUGAAUGCUGUUUUUCUAAGUCACACUUAAGAGCAUUCAAUUAUGAAAAAGAAAAAAAGUUGAGUGGAUUUCUUCCAUAAUUGUGAAGGUUGCAGGGUGAGAUGUUGGGAACUGGGGUGGGCGGUGGGGUCAAUAGUCACUUUUAAAAGUAAAAAAAAAACUUUUCCAUGUAAAUAAGAUUUCUAAAUUUUGGGUUAUAGAUUUGUACGAAAUAUAUAUGAAAAAAAAGAAAAAAAAACUUAUAAUACCAUGGCAAGAUUAAAUAAACAUGUUAGAUGAUGAAUCAAGGAGAGGUGUUAUAUGUACACUUGAUCUAGCAGUGAGGUGCAAUGGUGAGAAUAAUGCCACGGUUGGUGGGAAGCGCUUCGUAGUCUGUAUAUGCAAGGAUGACAGGCGGAGGCAAUGAGGAAAUAUACAGCACAACAUCUGAAUCUUCUCAAACAAACAGCGACGUCAAAACUUGCUGGUAUUUUGUUUCCAGUGAAGGUGGGAAGUGACAACUCAGAGUCAAUUUUCUGACCUAAAAACCUUGAAAUACAAACAAGGAGACAGCAGAUCGACUCCGUUUUUUCCACUUUUGUGUUGACCCUGCACCCUCGUGUUUGUCAGGCACCACAGAUCUCAAAUCAGGCCUCAUGAAUAAAACAUUGUUGUGAACAUUUGUGCUUAAAACCAAAUUUAAGAUCAAAACUAUGAUGUAUAAAAGAGUCCUCUUGAUAUGUAGCCAUGUCGUUUACCUUCUUACUGUAAAUUGUCUAUGUCUAAAGAUAAUUUCACCAAUGUAAGUUUCUUCUUUUCUAUGACAUGCCCUUAAAUGAUUUGUUAAAACAUAUCAAGGAUAACUUGAAGAUAUUUUUUAUAAACAAGGCCCCAGAGUCAUAAAUAUAAUUUUGGUAAAACUGCAGUAUGAUUACAGUACAGAUGCAGUUUGUUGUAAUCCUCCUCCUUUGGAUACUCUGUCUGAAAACGUGUUUUUCUUUUUGACUGGAUUGUAUUUUAAUUUAUCCACUGCCGUUCUUGGUAUUAUUAUUGCAAGCUUUAAUUUCUCUUUUUUUCUUUUCUAUUAUUUUUUCACUGGUUUCUCUUAUUUAGCCAUUGAUAAUGUGAGGUUAGGGCAGAGAGUAUCAAGUCUCUCUCUCUUGCCCUAAAAUUAAAGCAAAAAAAUCCUCUAAAGAUCUGAUAAAGUUAACUACUUUAAUGAACUGCCUCAGAUAUGGAGAACUUUUUUAAAAAUGUGUUUUCUGGCAAUACCAAAAUCUCGCUCCAGCACAAUGGAAACACUUAAAUUCUGAGCUUAUCAUAAACCUAUGUCUAUGAUUGUUUGAAAUUUAAGUUUGCACGUUUCUAUUUGAUGGCAGCUUUUUCUGAACAGGAAUUUGAACACAAUUUCUCAUCUUUUCUUUACUUCAUUUUCAUUUUUUAUUUGAUCUAGUUUAUAUUAAUUUAUUUCUCUUGGGGAGGGCAUAUUGUCUGUUGAAGCACACGUUCCGUUCUGAUGGGAGUGUUUGAUUGCAAUAGACCUUUAUAUCUGCUGUAUUGUUCUAAUAAAAAGUUUUUUUGAAUCUG